CGGUGGAAUUAUCCCUGUAUCUCGACUCGAUUUUGACGCAUGUGUCGACUGCUCUAGGAGAACUUACCGGCGCCGCCUCGCUCGCCGCUCGCGCUCCCCCCGCUCCGGCCUCCGCCGCCACCGCCACGGGCCCUCCUUCCUCCACGCCGCCGCUCGAGCGCUUCGCGUCGCGCCUUAAGAAGCCCAGCUCUUCUCGGCCGGUGUGUCCCCAACACUGACAAAACCCUAAACCCUGAUAGCGGAAGCGGAGCUUCGAGGCAGAGCUCGUACCUCGCGGUGGCAAUGGUGAUGGUCCCUCCCAGCGAGUGGGUCCCCCACGUGGAGGCCUUCGUCGACGUCUCCCGCUCACUGGCCCAGCACUCUGCAAGUGUGGAUGCACUUGCGGCCUUGGUGAACAAGGACAAGCUGACGCUCUUCGAUUUGGUGUCCAAGAUGGACAUGUAUUUGACAACGACAGACCACAUUGUUAGAUCAAGAGGAAUCAUGCUUCUGGGGGAAAUCAUGUCUCAGAUUUCAUUUAAAUGGUUAGAUGUAAAUUCCAUCGCAACAUUGUCAGACUUCUUUAUAUCAAGAUUGUCAGAUUGGCAAGCACUACGGGGAGCACUUGUUGGAUGCUUGGCUUUAUUGCACAGAAAACCAUCUGUUGGUAGUAUUGUAAUUUCUGAUGUCAAAAGACUAGUUGAAUCUUUCUUAGAAUAUAUUCAAGUGCAGUCACUAGCAGCUGCUGACCGGAAGCUGUGCUUUCAAAUUCUCUGCUGUGUACUUAAUGACUACCCAGAAGCUGUCAAGACAAUGGAUGAUGAACUGCUAUGCGGGAUCUGUCAAACAAUUGAUGAAGAAAAGGACCCAGAAUGCCUGAAGCUUUCCUUUCAUUUGGUGGAAGCUGUCAUGAAGCUAUUUCCAGAUCCGUCUGGUUUGGCAGCCCAAUUUGCAAGUGACCUUUUUGAGAUUCUGAGCAACUAUUUUCCUGUCUACUUCACACAUGAAGCGAGUGAUAAUUUAGGUGCUACAAGGGACGACCUUUCUAGGGCAUUGAUGCAUGCAUUUUGUUCAACACCGUUUUUCGAGCCCUUUGCCAUUCCAUUGCUUCUAGAUAAACUUUCUUCCUCUCUUCCAUUGGCAAAGCUUGAUUCCUUAAAAUAUCUGGACAACUGUAUUAGCUGCUAUGGAGCUGAUAGAAUGGUUAGACACACAUCAGCUAUUUGGUCUAAAUUGAAAGAAGUGCUUUUUAGCCUUUCUUCAGACCAACUUCUAUCAUCAUGGUCACCUAAAGAUGCAGAGAAGAAUAAGAAUCAAAUAAUGUCAGAAGCUAAAAAUUGUCUGAAGGCUGCUGUUACAUAUAUACAUUCUUCAGAUAGAGAUCUUUUCAUCAAUUUGAUAUUGUUGGAUGAUGAUAUUGUGAAUAACUUCCAUUCUGUAACAAUUGAAGAGAAGUCCAUUUGUAGUUCACCGCAAAAGCUGCAUCAACUACAAGCCCUUGGAAGUGUCAUUUCUAUUCUUGCUGAAUCAUCUACAUAUUUCUGCACUAGAAUUUUCCAAGCGCAUUUUACACGCUUGAUCGAUAUUUUGGUGAACUCAGCUGGUUUUGAAUCUCAACAUCUGAACAUUUGCAAUGGAUCAUCUUCUGGUACUGUUAACUAUGGAGCUCUCUAUUUAUGUCUUCAAAUGCUUUCAUCCUGUCGAGAAGUGGCUGUGACAUCUCAAGAAGAAUUCGCUCCUGUUAAAUCAGCAAACACCUGGUGGCUUAUAUUAAUGGGAAAACUGGAACCAUUUAUCCAUCUCCUUGGAAAAUUAUUGACUAUUGAUUCUCAACCUAUCCAGUCAGCGGUCGAGCAAGAAUAUGUUUCAUCUGCUAUGAAAGGUUUGCUGAUACUUGCAACAUUCCCGGAACAAUGUUCUCUACCAGCAAAUGCUUAUGAGGAUAUUCUAUUGAUGCUCACCUCAGUGAUUACAAACAAGUAUGAAAAUGUACAUUUGUGGAGAUUGUCAUUGAGAACAUUGGCUAGUAUUGGUUCAUCUGCUGUUGAGUUCCAUGAUUCGCAAAAAGAAAUGAUUUACAACAGAAUUGUUGUUGACAAGAUUAUUAGUUUGGCUAAAUCUUGUGAUACAUCGAUGCCUCUGAACCUAAGACUUGAAGCAAGUUUUGAAGUUGGUACUGCUGGGGUGAACUAUAUGUUAAGGGUCGCUAGAUCACUUGAAGAAGCAGUCAUCAUCAAUAUUUUUCAGGUUAAUGGAAGAACAGAAUGUGUGGAAUAUGUAGAAUGUUUGAUGGAUUGUUACUCUAGUCGACUCCUUCCUUGGUUGUUUACUUCCGCUGGUGUCAACGAUUUUGCUUUGAGCUUCGCUAUGCGUCUCUGGGAUGAGAUUAGUGACUUGGCUACUUUGGACAGAAUAAUAUCACAGGGUCUUCUUGACUCACUAAUGAUGGGAAUGAAGUUCUUAGUUGGAGUUUGCACAGAGGAACAACAGUCAUUAAUUAUUCAGAAAGCGUGCAGCACAAUAUCAUCAAUGCUGUCACUCCCAGUGAAGUCAAUGGUGCACCAUGUUUUGUCCGAAGAUGAUGAGUUGGUUCCUGCACACUCUGCUCAAGACAAAGCUCUUGUAUGUAUGCUUUCUUCAGUUAUAGUUGGUCUUCGGCCUCAAACACCUGUACAAGAUAUGACCAUGAUGAUUAACCUCUUCGCUGUGUUUCUACUGAAUGGACAAAUGCCAGCUGCUCAUGCAUUAGCUUCUAUUUUCAAUAAAUAUCUACAUAACUCAGAGUUCUCACAUGAGAAUAAGCUGGAUAAAAUACUUGAUGUUAUUCUUGGGAGGUGUUUCUCAAUUGUAUUAGCCAGCAGCAAUUCGAAGAUAUCUCACUCUUCGGGCGCCAUUUCAGAUAAUGCUAAUUGUUCAGACAGCAUGUCUGGAAGCGUAGGUUCGAAGGUUGAUAUCUUGUGUGGCUUGGCUUGGAUUGGUAAAGGAUUGCUUAUGAGAGGAGAUGAAAAGGUGAAGGACGUUUCAAUGUUUCUUCUGAAAUGCCUGGUCUCAGAUCAGAAUUCGGUGAACGUUCAACCCUACCAGAAAACACAAAAUGACAAUGUUUCAUCAGAUGCUUCUCUUGCAACAUCUGCAGCCGAUGCAUUCCAUGUUAUGAUGAGUGAUUCAGAAGUCUGCCUAAAUAAAAAGUUCCAUGCAAAAAUUAAGCUGUUAUAUAAGCAGCGUUUCUUCUCAAUAUUGAUGCCAAUUUUUCUCUCCAAAAUUAAGGAGACCCCUGUGUUGACCACAAAGUUGGUAUUAUAUCGAGCAUUUGGGCAUAUUAUUUCCAAUGCUCCAGUAUCAGCAGUUAUAACAGAAGCCCAUCAGAUUUUACUUGUGAUGGUUGAUAGCUUAGCUAAAUUGAGUGUGGAUAUUCAGGAUAAAGAUCUAGUGUAUAAUAUGUUGCUUGUAUUAUCUGGAAUGUUGAUGGAUGAAAAAGGCAAAGAAUGCAUUCUUGAGAAUAUCCACAUUGUUGUCAGUGUUCUCACACAACUUGUUUCCUAUCCUCACAUGAUGGUUGUUCGGGAGACGGCCUUGCAAUGUUUUGUUGCCAUGUCUAGCUUUCCCCACUCAAAAAUGUAUCGCAUGCGGCCACAGGUCUUGCAAGCAGCAAGCAAGGCUCUUGAUGAUAAGAAAAGGGCUGUUCGCCAAGAGGCUGUUCGAUGUCGACAAACAUGGCAAUCAUUUGCUUAAGGGGGUAUUUCUCUUGCCAUGGCAUCAUAGUUCAGAAUUGCUUACUGGGCUGAUCCUGCUAGGGGCUGGAUAAGUAUUGAGGUAUAUGAUAGGUUGUGCCAUUGCGUAAGGUGGUAGAGGACAGUGUGCCUUGAAACCAGUUGUUUCUUUUGGAUCAUCCGUCAAGUUCUGGAUGGAGGGGAGCUUUCAGAUGAUCUUGGGGCUUUAGGGGACCAUGGGAGGAUGGCUUGUGUCUGCAUAGGGGCAUGGGUUCAAUAUGGUCGAGCGAAUUCCUUUUUUCCUUACUAAUCAUGGACUAUUCUCUUACAUAGGAUCAUAGUCACAUUUACAGGACCAGUCGAGGAUGUAUCCUCAAAUCACUCAUGCACUCAUGCAUUGCAUGUCUCUAAUUUGGGUGAAUUCAAGCAUCAGAUAUGGCCUGAAUGCUGUUUGCCAUCACGACUUCAAAUACAAUCCAUUGAUUAAAUUAUGUGUUGUACUAUCAUAGAAAGUCGUUCAGUAUGUACAUAAUUUAUCUGAAGAGUGAGUUCCAUAGGUUCUUGUUUGCAAUGCACAGCUAUAGUAGAGAAUAAUGUGAUAUUCGAUGUCUUUCUUUGUGA